AUGCGCGAAAGGAACGAAAAUCAAAUGAAAGGUCGUUGGACGCGACUUAACGAAAAUGCAAACAAAUGGGUUGCUGCUUACAAAGAAUCAUAUCGUCAAAAAAGAAGUGGAAUGAGUAUGACAGAUGUUGAGAAAGGAGCUCAUGCAAUUUAUGAGGGGGGAAGGAAAAAGUUUUUAGACUUGCUUGUAUUCAACCAAGUUAUGUGUAAACAUCCCAAGUGGGAAAUAAAGUUAGACUGUGACACUACACGUUCUCGUACGGAAUAUGAAAUGGGUUGUGAAGAUAGUGGUAGAAGCACGAAAAGGUCUAAAACUACGGAAGAAGAAGACACCGACCAAGAAUCUCCGAUUGUUGGUCGUUCAACGAUUCAGCGUCCUACGGGUAGAGAUGUGGCAAAAAAGAGAGGAAAAGGUAAGACAUCACAAUCUUCUUCAUUUUCUAAUGAUUUUUCUACAGAACUUCAUGCAAUGACGAUUACAAGAAACAAUAAAGCUGAACUUUUGACAAAAAAACUGAACUUUGACAAAGAAAAAUUUGAUGUCCAUCAACACCACAAAAAUCUACGUAUACUGAUAGCGAAAGAACAUCUGUCACCGGCAGAGGAGGCGUUGAAAGAACGUCUGUUCACAAUGUUGUAUGGAUAG